AAAAAUUGCCUUCGCAUCGCAUAUGUCAAAGAUUCCUUAGUCUAUGGCCGCUUAUUGAUUGGUCGACGAGGAGAUGUAAAAAAUGGCUGCCUUGCCUUCUCCUACUCAGGUGGCAGGGACCCACAGCGCUAUAUACGAAGCAUACUAUCACCAGGUUGAUCCCAAUGGCGCGGGCACAAUCCAGGCCCUGGACGCUGCGCGCUUCCUCAAGAAGUCCCGCCUCAGUGAUGUGGUGCUCAGCAAGAUAUGGGACCUCUCCGACCCUACUGGCAAGGGAUACCUGGAUAAAGCGGGACUGUUCGUGGCACUGAAGCUGGUGGCGCUGGCGCAGGCCGGCAAGGACAUCAACAUGAGCAACAUACACUCCGAGGCGCCGCCCCCUAAAGUUGGCGAGCUCCCGAAGGUGCCGCCGAUGUCGGCGCCUCCAGGGCGGCCGGCGGCGCCGUCGCCCGCGCCGCUGCUGCCGCUGAGCGACUGGAGCAUGAAGCCCGCCGAGCGCGACAAGUACAGCCAGCUCUUCGACUCGCUGCAGCCCAACAACGGGCUCAUCGCCGGGAAUAAGGUGAAAGGCAUGCUGAUGGAGUCGAAGCUGCCGAUCGAGACGCUCGGCAAGAUCUGGGACCUCGCUGAUCAGGACAAGGAUGGCAUGCUCGACAGACAUGAGUUCAUGGUGGCGAUGCACCUAGUAUACAAGGCGCUAGAGAAGCACGCAGUCCCCACCACCCUGCCGCCCGAGCUGCGCGGCCCGGGCGGGCGGCCCGCGGCCCCCGCGCCCCUCGCGGCCCCCAGCCGGCCCCCUCGCGCCCGCCCUCCCCGCCACGCGGCCGCCGCCCCGCGCCCGCAGCCGCCGCCGCAGCAGCCGCAGUCCAAUGCCUCGCUGUUGGAAGGGUUACUGGACUUGUCUAGUCCCCCCACACAGACAGCACCGCCGAUGCCGGCCAUGCCCUCCAUUUCCCCCUCGCCCCUCUCCUCGUCCCUCCUCAACUCCACCCCGGCGCCAGUCUCGUCCGGCACGUGGGUGGUGACGGACGCGGAGAAGGCGGCCUUCGACGCGCAGUUCGCGGCCGCUGACACCGACCGAGAUGGCUACGUGUCUGGAAAUGAGAUUAAACACAUGUUCCUCGAUUCUGGAUUGCCGCAGCAGACGUUGGCUCAUAUAUGGGCGCUGUGUGACAUGGAGGGCGUAGGCAAGCUGUCGCGCGGGCAGUUCGCGCUCGCCAUGUGGCUCGUGCAGCGAGCCCUGCGCGGGGUGCCGCCGCCGCCGCAGCUCUCCCGGGACAUGCUGCCGCCGCCGGACGAGAAGCCAACAGAACCAGCCCUGUCUCUAGGGCCGCAGCCGACGCCGGAAAUGGAGGCGAUAGCACGGGAGGUGGACGCGCUGGCGCGGGAACGCUUGGCGCUGGAGGCUGAGCUCGCAGCCAAGCAGAGGGACCUCACUGUCAAGACUGGGGAGGCGGAUAGCUUGCAGAGCGAGCUGGACACGUUAACGGCUACACUAAAACAGUUAGAAAACCAGAAAGGUGAAGCACAAAAGAGGUUAAAUGAUCUCAAAUCACAGGUAGAGAAACUCCGUUCGCAAGUAUCAGCACAAGAAGCAGCGGCGGCGGAGACGGAGGCGGAGGUGGCUGGGCGGCGGGCGGCGGCGCAGACGCUGCGCGAGAAGGAGCGCGCGCUGCAGGCCGACGUGGCGGACGCGGAGGCCGAGGCCGAGGCCGUCACCGCGCAGCUGCGCCGCACUGUGCUCGCUGUUAGCCAGGCGAACAUAAAGAUCUCCCACCUAGAGGAGCAGCACCGACUCAUCAGCGCAGCAGCAGAGACGCUGGCAGCGCCGGGAGUGGCGCCGGGCGACGUGCUGACGCUGCAGCCGCAGUACUCCGCCGAGCAUCUCGAGCGCCUCGUGCGGGGAGCUACACCCAAUGAUGCACUGGUAUGUACACCACGUCACAUCCUCACUGAGGAGCAGCUCCGACUCAUCAGCGCAGCAGCAGAGACGCUGGCAGCGCCGGGAGUGGCGCCGGGCGACGUGCUGACGCUGCAGCCGCAGUACUCCGCCGAGCAUCUCGAGCGCCUCGUGCGGGGAGCUACACCCAAUGAUGCACUGGUAUGUACACCACGUCACAUCCUCACUGAGGAGCAGCUCCGACUCAUCAGCGCAGCAGCAGAGACGCUGGCAGCGCCGGGAGUGGCGCCGGGCGACGUGCUGACGCUGCAGCCGCAGUACUCCGCCGAGCAUCUCGAGCCAGCUCCGACUCAUCAGCGCAGCAGCAGAGACGCUGGCAGCGCCGGGGUGGCGCCGGGCGACGUGCUGACGCUGCAGCCGCAGUACUCCGCCGAGCAUCUCGAGCGCCUCGUGCGGGGAGCUACACCCAAUGAUGCACUGGAGGACGAGCCGUUCGCGAAGAGUAACGGUUUCGCCAGCGGCGGUGGGUUCGAAUCUGAACCGUUCGCGGCGUUCCCGACCUCUACACAGCCGCACGAUCCCUUCGCACCCAACCAUAACGCGCUGCCGCAACAGGACGGUUUCGGUUCGGACCCGUUCGCGUCGAGCGCGGACCCGUUCGCAGGCGACGCCUUCACCGCACACGACAAUACCGCAGAGGUUAACGACGAUGACCCGUUCGCGGUGCUGCACGCGCCGUCGCGGCGCACGCCGACGCCGGCGCUGCCGCCCAAGCGACACAAGACGCCGCCCCCGCGACCCGCGCCGCCGAGACCCAACCCGCCCGGGAAGACCGACCCCGCCCCCGCCAUGGACUUCGCCGACGACCCCUUCAAGGACUACCGCUACGAGGACCCCUUCAACAUCGAGGACCCCUUCGCCGACCAGACCGACUCGCGCCGGCUCGACCCCUUCGGCGCCGCCCGCCCCACCUCCGUCGCCGGCUUCGAGACCGACGACUUCUUCGCGGCCGGUGCCCCCCUCAACGGCAGCGCCGCCCCCCCCAGCCGGCCCAGCGGCCGCGUGUCCGCGCCGCCCCUCGCCACAGACCCCUUCGCCGCCCGCGCAGACUUCAAGCCCAAGCCCAGCGCGCCCGCCAACAACAACGACACGUGGGCCGCCUGGCCCAACGACAACUGGGCCGCCGACGACGCCUGGGCGCAGCCCGCGCAGGCCACGCGCUCCGCCGACGCCUGGGCCUCCAGCAAGAAGAACACCAACACCACCGCCGCCAGUGACUGGAAGACCGACAACUGGGCCAACAAGACAGACGACUGGGCGACGGACUGGGGCGCCACCGACGCCAACAAGAACCUCAACGAGACCUGGCCCACCACGAACACGCUGCCUUCCAAGAAGGAGAAGUCGCCGCGGCCUGUGAAAUAUGCCAAGUCUCUUGUACACACGAUAGGUGGUAUCGGGCGGACGAAGCAGAAGGAGAAGAAGCAGAAGAACGUGGUGUCGGAGGGUGCCCUGCCGACGGAGGAGCAGCAGUGGGCGUGGGCGGCGGCGGAGUCGCGGCGCCUGCAGGCCGAGGCCGAGGCGCGGCGCCGCCAGGAGGACCACGAGCUGCAGCUCGCGCUCGCGCUGUCCCGCCAGGACAACUGACACAAACGCUCAUAGCAAGCAUAAACUCACCACUCCAGCAAUCAUUGCAAACAUAUAUUUACGAGACUCAAUAAAUUCAAUGCGAAUUCUCUCAAACAAGACACGAGAUGUCACGCAAAAUUGAUAACCGCUGGUCUUUCUAGAUCUUAGCCUUAUGCAGUGCAGAUGACGUAUUUUGGCUAGUCUGAAAUAAGCUAUGUCACUUCAGACUGGUGAAGAUGCAUGGUCAAAGUAUACGUUCGUUAUAAUUUAGGUAAAUCGUUCAGCAUUCCAAUGUAGGACGGCGCGAGUCGUCGGUUAUGUAUAAACAUACAUAUUGCAUAUCCUAAUCUUUGUUAUUAUUAGUAUAACGGGUUCUGUACCUAAUGACGGUAGAAUGUAGCAAGAUUCCUAUAAUCUAUCUACGACAGAAGUUAUAAGUCCAUCUUUGAAUAAAUAGAAUCAAAGCAAAUGAUUUUGUGGUCGGAAACGGGUUAUUUUGUACAGAACCUUUGAAGGAAGUUGGUUUGCUCUAGUUGGUAAAUAAUCUUAUUUUAAUGCACGAUGACUACAAUACUUUUUGUGCGAUAUGUAAUUUAAAAAUCUGUUCGCAAAAAUUGCAAAAAAUCCUACGUUAUUAACAACUUAUCGGUGUGAAAUUUAAUUAAUAACAUUUUUACCAACUGCUUACAAACCAACUAUAUAAAAAAAAUACAAAUUGUUUUGCUAGUCAAUUUGAUUACUGCAAGUUGGGGUCUCGAUCAAACGGUGAUGUCUGGGCGUGUAUAUUAAUUCCUGCUACGUUUGUGAAUCGGGCAGUUAGGCAUUGACCGGGUAGAGUGCGGAAUGCUCAAGUAAAUAGGCGAAGUCGCAUGACAGGAUCAUAUCACAAAGUUUAGGCUUAGCAUGUAUAGAAAACGGGUAGUUUACGUCAGUUGGUAAAACCAUACUGCCUGUACCCGGCCAAUUACUUAAAUACCCGAUUCAUUAACGGAAAAAUCUUAAUUAUAAAUAAAUUAAAUAUAAAAGUGUAAUAUAUUGUUGUCUGCAAUUGAGGCCUAAUAGCUUCUUCACUAUACUGUAUAGUCUGUUAGUUGUAACUAUAACGCGUUGUGACAGGCUCGGGCAAUAUGCACAUUGCUCGGUAAAUAUUACCCGGCUAUGUACACAUUGUCCUGAAGCCUGUCGGUACACUGGCGAGUAAACUUCCCUCAUUAUAAUAAAGUUCUUAAGAGUGGGUUGUUCCUCGCUUAAUGAGAUUCUUGAGUGAAUGUUCAAACGUUACAAAGAGGCGACAAUAUACUCGUAACCUCUUUAAUGCUCCCGUAUUAUAGUAACGUGCCACACGAAACUGGUCCUUAUUGAUGUUACAUAAGGUCUGCUAUUUAUUUCUCCUUACGGCUUGCCCCCAUUUGAGUAUUGGUCCAAAUAGAGCCGAAAAGCCAAAGAAAAGGAAAGAAAACUUGAGUUUUUAUCUUUAUUUGAAAUUAUUUGAUAGCAAAAGAUUAUGAAAAGGCUCAUUAUUAAAUUGCUUCAAUUAUAAAUUAUUAAAAAUAAUUAUCGACUGUAUAAUCUGAAAAUGUUCUUACCUCAUAAAUGCGACACUUUCCUAAAAUGUUGCAAGUUUACAUUACCAUGUAAGACUGGUUUCAUAUUGGGGAUAAUGUUGCCAGACUAAAUGAACCCAGUUAAUAAUUCUACUGCGACUUAAACAAAUAUUAAAUUAUUAAGUGCUAAAUUGUUUUUGUGUGUCCGUCGCCAGUAUGAGACUAGAGUGAUACCCUGUCGGUACUUGUAUAUUAAUAAUCGCGCUGUAAUAUUAUUCCGCGUUAAUUUUAUUGUUUAUUUUGUAUAAAUAGAUUAUUAUUGCCGCGUAUCUGUGAUAUUGAUUUUAAAAUCAUUUUUUUUGUUGUGUAAUAUUUCUUUUUUAUUAUGUAUUUUGCAACUUAAUGUCAAUGUCACAGAUAUUUUUGUGUUUUGUAUAGAAGGAUGUGUGCUGUGUGUAUAAAUUCCACUGUGAGGGUGUUUGUAAAGUACAACAGGUUUGUGCAGGUUCCGAGCGUCUGUUAUUAUGUUAAUUAUUAUUAUUUUAUAAUUAUGUUGGCAGUAUACACUACGUAUGCGGGUAUGUACGGUCGCGACUAAAGAGUCUUACUUUUUACUUUCACGGUUAUUUAAAACUAUAGAAAAUCGUGGAAGUGGAAAGAUAAGCCUGGGGAAGGAAAAGGUAGAAAAUGCUGGAUUAUAAUAUUUGAAACAUUAAUGAUAUAAGAGUGUCGCAACAUACUCAAAAUGAGCCUUUGAGUGCUACUUAAAGAGCAGCAAAAAUCUUUGAUAGAUGAGAGUAAUAUUAACCCUUAAUACUCAUAAAAUUGCAAACUACUAAGUUGUGUGAUUUGGUGUGAUUGAAAAUAUAAUUUCCUUUAUAAUCUUUAAUUUCAGAGCAUAUUCUCUUCGGUAGUGCCUUUCUCUAACUCUACUUAUUAUCGUUGUAGCUUCCUCGUCGGCAAAUGUACAUUCAGCGUAUUUAAAUGUACGGAGUCAUUUAUUAAAUUAUCAACUUUAAAAAAUCUUCCAAAAAAAAUGAAAAAAUGUUUUUAAGCUUCAAAAUUCAUAAACUUUCACGUGGCGGGUUCGUGGGGUUACAAAAAUUAAGAAGCUACCAAAAUGGUAGAAUUAAUUUAGCUUGUAACAAAUGGAUAGCUGUAGUGACGCAUUGUCUUUGCUUCGUGCGCACGGGCGGCGCCGCUCCGAUACAAUAACUAUUAUAGUACACCCGCUUGCCGAGACAUUUGCCUACAAAAAAAAACCUAAAAAAAUAUUCAUCGCGAAAACUUAUGACUUCAUUAAAAUGUCUCCGCAAGCAACCGAUAGUAUAAGAUAUAAACUAAUAAUGUAUGUAAUUGUAAACUAAAUGUGUAACUAUUAAAUACCGAUAUGUUUAUGGGUAUUAUCCUAACGUUGUUAUCUCUUUCUUAGGCGCUGUUGUUUGUGGCUCGGCGGAGCGCGGGACACCAAGCUUUACAUUCUAUUGUAUAUUUUGUCCAUAUUUAUAUAUUUUGGUAGUAGAUGUGAAUAUUUUAAUAUGCAGAUUGUUUACAUAAUCAUAUUGCGUUGUUGGGAUCUAAAGAGAUGUCUAAAUAAAUUUAGCGGCAGUCAAUUAUUUCUUGUAUAUUUGUGUAUGUUGUAGUAACGUGUCCGCGCGUUCCGACGACCCGUGUCUGUUAUCAAGUAUACAUUAUAAAGUAUGUACCUUUCAGUGAUAGCCGAAUAAAAACUUAUCUUUAAAUCUCAACGUUGAAGUGUAUAUGUGUAUUUAAAGCUAAAAUGAAAAAAUGAAGUAAAUUUGAUAAAAAAUACAGGUUAACGUAAGCUUAAGUCGGUAGUGACGGUGCGCGGUGCAACACCCUCGGGAUCUAGUCACACAGACUGCCGUGUCCUGAUUUCAUACGUUUAGUUAGUAACAUGAAUUGAUACAGCUACGAUAUAAGUGAGUGCUCAUGUAUACCCGCUCAGUAUUAUCCGGACCGCGCGCCUUAGCUUGUUAGAGUAGCGGAGGUUCUGCCGAGUAUAGGAAGGUUACGGAGACCAAGCCGUCUCGGAGGCAUGUUGUCUAGUGUGCUCUAGCGUAGGACACGUUGUUGGUAGCGCCCCGAACACGUAGUGCCCCGACCGUUGACUCAUUCCCAUCGUUGUUGUAACUAAUCUAAUUAAUAUUGUAACGCAUAUAACGUUAUUAUUGAUAAAGUCGGUGUACGCUGUCGUUAUAUAUGAUUAGCAAAUUAUUCACUGCUUUUUGUAUGUGCAACGAAUAUAUAAGUAUGUUUUCUAUUGAUAUUUUCCUGGCUGUUUCUGUGAAACAGGUUUUGUAUAAUUUGUGGGCUGCGGCGCUGUUCGCGCUACGUCUCAGGUGGAACUUAUUAUUUGUGUACAUUACGUGAUGUGAACUGUCUUUGUGAAACUCUUGUUAUCUGUUACAAAUAUUUAUCAUAAUCUUUAUGAACGUUAUUUUUUGUUGAUGUUUCUAUAAACGUUUUGGCGUCGCUUGACUAAACGACCGUCACUUAGAUUCAUAUCUUUAGGAGAACAGAGAAUAAUUAUAAUGUCUGUUCGGUUCCGAGUGUACUGUUUGUUAUAUUGUGGUAGCAACUGAAGUAUAUAAUGCAAAUUAAUGCUAACAAGUUAUCAUAGUACAAUAUCUCAUAUCACGAUUUCUUUAUACGGGGGAUGUAUAAAGGAUUGUUCUGACGGUACAAUAACUAUCUUAUAAUAAUCAAAUUCUUGUGAUUUAGCGUCGUAUUUAUAUCGUAUUUAUGUAAAGGAGGCCUUUCGCUGUGUUGUCAAAGGGAUCUCCGUAGUGUAGUGGAACGAUUGUUUUGGCAGACAUACGUGUGAAGGCCUUUAGAUUUGUUCGUAUCUGGCGAGUUGCUGCGGUUUGUCGAGUUAGAUGUACUGAUGUAACGGGAACACGCGUAUCUUGUCUGUCGUUGCCAUGGCAACCGGCGCAGCCACAUAUCGCCUCAUAGUCUACUCGGUGCGUCUUCACUUUACUUGGCGCUAUUGUAAAACGACUGCAUUUUUUUACUACAAUUUUAUUUUAUACUCGAAACUGAUUUAAUACUGUUCAACAAUAAGCUUAUAAAGUAAAUAUAUAAUUGUUUAAUGCACUUUGUUCUAGUAAAAUGCAAGAAUAGAAAAUUCUACUAAAUAGGUAACUUAUAUUGAUUAUAAUAAAAUUAAAUAAAUGUUAAUAUAUAAAGUAAAAGUUGUGUACGUUUGUAUUAAUAUAGCGUGUACGACCAAAUAUUUUAUUCACUGUCAGUACUCCGAGGUUGCGAUGUUGAUUGUGAAGUAGACGGUAGAUGCACUAACUACACGACCUAAUGCUAUUUGUAUCAUUUCUUGGCUGUGUUUUGUUGCGACAUUUCUGUUUCUACUGCUGCUAUGGAAGUUUUUUAAAUGUUUAUACUGGUCACACUGGCCACUUUCUGAGGCGCCAACUGGCGUUCUUAUUUUGAAUUUGGGAAUGUAAACUCCAGUUUAUAAAGAUGGCGCGUGAGUGUUAGGAAGUGGCCGUGUGCUGAUCACAGAAUGAUUAUAAAUGAUUGUAUUGUAAUAUUUGUUGUGAAAUGAGUUGUAUGUGUGAGGCAGUUCGGUAUCAGGUCGUGCAUUCGUCAUUACCCGCUGACAUGUAUUCACUGUAUGAAACUAUGAUAUUAUAUUAAUAUGAAAACAAACAAUUCCUGAGAUAAUAAAAAAGGAAAAUAUUAUAAAG